GGCGGCGCGCGGCUGACCGCCGGACGACUGCGCUCCCGUGCUCCCGCGGUCUCGCGACCCAGUGCAUUCUGUCGCGGACGCAGCUAGGGCACACUCGGCCACGACUGCCGUCGCCUCGGUCCUAUCGCUACUUUACGACGUAUUCCCGCCAAAUAUUUUAAUAUACGUGUAAUACGUCUUUGCGUUUCAUGGCAUAAGUGCGCUAUUUUGUUUUGUAAUGCGUUGUUUUAAUGUGUUUUUGAUUCUUUUGUUUAUGUUUUUACCGAAGUCGACGGAGGCGAUUCGAUGGCUGGCGCUGCACGAGAGCGAAGGCAACUGGACGGAGGUUGACUGCGCGACGGCGAGGCGCGAUGGAGCGCUGUGGGCCGGCCAGGCUCGCGCGUGCCGCCGGCAGCCCGGCGCGAUGGCGCACGUGGCGGCGGCCGCGCGGCUGACGCGCGCCGCCUGCCUCGCCGCGCACGCCGGAGACCGCUGGAACUGCACCGCCAUCGAGCGCGCGCCCAACUACUCGCCGGACCUGCUCACCGGUACCCGCGAGCAAGCGUAUGUGUACGCGAUGUCCGCAGCGGCGUUGGCGUGGUCGGUGGCGCGCGCGUGCGCGGCGGGCGCGCUGCCGGCGUGCUCGUGCGCCGCGCCGCCGCGCGCGCCGCCCCGCCCGCCGCGCCAGGCGCACGUCACACCCACUGAGCCGCACGCGAGGUUCAAGUGGGGCGGCUGCGGGGACAAUUUUCAGUGGGCUGAGAGAUUUGCCAAGCAAUUCAUAGACAUGCAUGAGAUUGACGUUCGGGAUGGUAAAUUGGAGGAGUUGAUCGAAGUGGAGACGACUACCACCGAGCUACCGAGCACGUUGGAACCGAGCACGCCGGCGCCCGUGGUGAUCCUCGUGGACGACCAGCCAGCGCCGGCGCCCGACAACGCCAGCGUGACGGCACGCCCGCGAAAAAAGGGACGCCGUGGGCGUAAGCGGCUGCCGCGCUCGCCUCGCCGAGGCAGGCCCACGAGGAAACGGUUCAGACCAAGAUACGAUUUUGAGGAUCGGAGUUCCAGAUAUCGUAACUUGGAGUAUCGCAUGGCCGCCGACGACCCCCGCUUCGACCCGCAGGUGGACUUGCGCACGAGACUGCAGCGCCUGCGCCCGUUCAUCGCCUCCGCCAAUCUCAUCAACGUCCGUUUUGGCAGAAAGGCAGUAUCAUUAGCGAUGCGCACCAAGUGCACGUGCCACGGCGUGUCAGGGUCGUGCUCGGUGCGCACGUGCUGGCGCGCGCUGCCUCCAUUGGCGCGCGUAGCGGCCGCGCUCGCGGGCGAGGCGGCGCGCGCCGGCCCGCUGCGCCCGCGCCGCCGCGCGCGGCGCGCCAAGCCGCGGCUCCGCUACGUCACACCCAGCCCGGACUACUGCGAGCCCGAUCCUGCGGCCGGCUCACUUGGCACACACGGAAGGCGGUGCAACGCAAGUGCAGGCAACGCCGCAGGCGGCUGCGGGCGGUUGUGCUGCGGGCGCGGGCGGCGGGCCGUGCGGUCCACCCGGCUCGAGCGCUGCCACUGCCGCUACCACUGGUGCUGCCGCGUAGACUGCCAGCUCUGCCGUAUCACCUCGGAGGAUCACUAUUGCAAUUAAAGACGUAAUAUCAUUCCCUUUAGCAGACGUAGCAUAAGCAUUGUCUUGUCUUAUUUAUUUGUCCUUGUCUGGCAGUGACGGAUUUGCAGACUUUGCCGCCCUAGGCCCCAGGCCUUAUAGCCGCCCCUUUCGCAUCACCUCUCAUAUAGACUCGGGGCCUUAGGCCAAACCCGCCACUGCAAACUGUACUAAGCUGCAGCGUAUGUUGUGCUGUGUCUUCGGCUACGGUACGGUAUGGUACGGCUUCGGCUUCGGGUGCGGUACCCGUGGCAUAACCUAACCUAACCUUUACCUAAAGAAGGAUACCUACGAGUUAAUUUUCAAGUUACUUAAUUAACCUACUUAUGUCAAACGUUGCUUCAGGUGAAUAAUCAUACUAAUAUAUAUUAUUCAUUUGUAUAUGAUUAUGUGAAAUAUUUUGCAUUGAAAACCAAAGAAUUCCCAGUUACAGAUAAUUCGAUAUUCUUAUUUUAAAUGUUAGCUAGUCAUGUUUCAGAAUAUUUGUUAAUACCUAAAUCGUAUUAAGUAAGUACCUUUUAAAGUAAUUUUCUUAAUACCUAAACAAAUCGUAUGAUGAGUAGGAAGUACCUAUUUUAUACUUUACUGUAGGUACCUCUAUAAUAUAAGAUAUGGUAGCCCUGUAGGUGUAGACUGUAAUACGAGUAUUAGUGUAAAAGACGUAGCAACACGUUAAAUAGAUGCAAAUUAUUUGCUGUAGGUACUUAGGAUUAAAAGAUAGUUUUGAUGUAAGUAAAUUAACUUUCAAGUAUUCCGUAGUUUUAGGCUUAGACAAUAGAUAUAUAUCGACAAUAAAGAAUUGUUAAAGUGUUGUACUAGUAUUAACGUAUGCUAUAAAUAUGGCUUUUAUGCUAAUUACAUAACUAAUUAUAAGCUAGUUCUCGUAACGUCGUUCAUGUUCAUAACCAAAUAAUAAUAUAAUAAGGUAUUUUAUACAAUCGUGAUAAAAUGGAGAGCUUUCAGUCGAGUAUCUUGUUAAGGCCACGCAACAUGCUGAGUGGCCUUAGGUAGGUACGAGAUUAAAAAGCUAGAUUACAUUAUACCACUCUUGUAUACAAUACUUUUUCUACAAGUCAACAAAAAUAAUACUUUUAACUAGUAGCAUUUGUUUUUGUGAUAGAUUGUAAACUUUGAACUUAAAUCAUCCAUCAUUUUCAAAUUUUACACCGAAAUAAAAAAAUGUCUCACUUCCAAUCUGAUAUGUUGUAAAUAAAGUUCGUACUUAGAA